AUGGUGGCCAAGGCCAGAGCAGGGCGCUCCCCUCCGCCCGCCCCCAGCCGGCCCAGAGGGCUCCUUAGGCCCCCCCAGAGCAGGGUCCGAGACGAUCUGAAGACGGUCCUGUCGCUGCCCGAGGCCCCCGGGGACUUCCUGCACCCCGUGGUGUACGCGUGCACGGCCGUGAUGCUGCUGUGCGUCUUCGCCUCCAUCCUCACCUACAUCGUGCACCACAGCACGAUCCGCAUCAGCCGCAAGGGGUGGCACACGCUUCUCAACUUCUCCUUCCACACGGCCCUGACCUUUGCCGUCUUCGCCGGGGGCAUCAAUCGCACCCAGUACCCGAUCGUCUGCCAGGCUGUUGGCAUCACGCUGCACUACUCGACGCUGGCCGCCAUGCUGUGGAUCGGUGUGACCGCGAGAAACAUCUACAAGCAGGUGACGAAGAAGGCGGCCCAGGGCCCGGCGGGCGAGCAGCCUCCGUACCCCAAGCAGCCACUGCUCAG